AUGACAAAAGUAGGCCAAUGGAAAGGGAAAACUUGUGAUUCUUUCUUUACAGAAGUGCUUGUUCAACCAGAUGAAUUAAUACGAGAAACCACAAAUUACCGUCGAACCGGCAAAGGGACUACGAAUGAAGAAGAAGAAGAUGGCAAAGGAAAGGAACCUGGAAGAGUGAUCCACAAGGAGGUCCAAAGGUCUAAAAAGACUGCUUAUCAAGAAUUUAUUUUGAUAUCUAGAAACAUCAUUUCAUUCAUACUGUCUGCUCCUAUCUUACUGAUCUUAUUGUCGAUAGCCACAUUUAAAACCGCCAAAGUUCACUUAUUAGAAAAAACCAAAAGAAUCCAAGAGGAUCAAGAAGCACUAAAGCCCGAUGAAUUACUGAUACAAGACGAAACUUACUAUGCAGAUCGUUGGGGUUAUAAAAGUGAAAUGCAUCAAGUGUUGACCCAAGACGGCUAUGUUUUACAAAUGUAUAGAAUAUCCAAAAAGGGUUCAAAUCCACAAGGGAAAAGACCUGUUUUCAUUGGCCAUGGUUUAUUUCAAUGUUCUGGUGCCUUUGUCUUGAACGAAGAAAAUUCAAUGGCCUUUGUAUUAAUUGAUCAAGGGUAUGAUGUUUGGGUUGGAAACAAUAGAUCAAUAUCUGGGUUGGACCAUAUUUCAUUGUCACAUGAAGAUCCCGAGUAUUGGAAUUGGGGAUUAAAAGAGCUGGGAAUAUAUGAUUUCCCAGCUAUGGUUGAUUAUGUGCGAUCCUUUACUGACUUCUCCAAGAUUGCAUACAUUGGUCAUUCACAAGGUAAUGCACAAGCCUUUAUUGGACUAUCAUUAAUACCAGAAUUGGCUGACAAGCUAAGCUGCUUUGUUGCUUUGGCUCCCGCUGUAUUUUCUGGUAACUUGGUAAAAAAGGCUAAAUAUUUUCAAUUUACUCCUCGCCCUGUAAGUACUAAAUUGAUUGCCGAUUGGAUCGCGGGCUGGGGACGUAAAGGAGUUUGUUUGUACAUUGCGGAUCAAAAUAAUCACCAACAACAGAAAAUCACCCAAAAAGUGCCUCUGGUGGUGUUUUAUGGUACUGCUGAUUAUUUAGUGAAUGGUGAGCGUUUUGUGCGUACAUUUAAUGGAUAUGAAACCCAUGGAUUGUCACCGUCUCAAUUAGCAAAGGAAUCAUCCAAUCACGAGUGGAAUACAGCAAAAAGUACAAACACCUUGUUUCCAAUGUUAGACUUGGUUCAUGUGGAACGUAUCGAAGGUUACGAACAUAUGGAUACUAUUUGGGGGCACGAUAAUCAUAAAACAACAUAUCCCAUCGUUUUGAGCAACUUGGAAAAGGCUAGAUGGGAUUAG